AUGGCACCGUCGGCACUUGACGCUGAACUUCCUCUCCACAAUAGUACCAAGGCUUCGUACCCACAACCGCUGAAGGCAUCCUCGGUCCUGGAUCAAUAUGAGUCCUUCGAUGUUACCCCAAACAUCGGGCGCGAGUUUCCCAAGGCAAACCUAGUCGAGUGGCUAAAUGACCCCAAAGCCGACGAGUUGAUCAGAGAACUUGCCAUCACCAUCUCACAAAGGGGUGUCGUCUUUUUCCGAGCCCAAGACAAUCUCACAAAUGACUUGCAGAAGCAGCUGAUCCUCCGACUCGGAGAACUGACCGGUCGGCCUGCCGACUCGGGACUCCACAUUCACCCGGUCCUCAACUCGGAGCGUGAGCUAGGCGGCUCCGACCCAGAAAUCAGUACCAUCAGUUCCGUGCAGAACAAGAAGUACUACCGAAAGCCUCUGGAAGGCGAGGGGCUCAGCCCCAAGAAGCAAAACACUGCACAAUGGCAUAGCGAUAUAGCUUUUGAGCCUGUGCCAGCCGACUAUUCAUCGCUGCGCCUCAUUGAACUUCCAAAGACUGGUGGUGAUACACUCUGGGCAUCUGGUUACGAAAUCUAUGACCGCCUCAGCACGCCUUACCAGAAAUUCCUAGAGAGUCUCACCGUCACAUUCGAGCAACCUGGUUUCGCCGCCGCUGCCGAGCGUGGCGGGUUCACCUUGUAUGACAAACCCCGCGGCAACCCAAAAAACGUUGGUAGCAUCCUCAAGGCUGUUCACCCUGUUGUAAGAACCAACCCUGUUACCGGAUGGAAGAGCGUCUUUCCCGUCGGCGGUCAUGUGAAGCACAUCAACGGCGUCACUGCUGAGGAGAGCAGACACCUGCUUGACUGGUUUCUUGAUAUACUGCAGAAGAAUCAUGAAAUUCAGGUUCGUUUCAAGUGGCAAAAUGCCAACGAUAUCGCCAUUUGGGACAAUCGUAGCACCUUUCACACAGCAACCUUUGACUAUGAUGGCCAGGGCGAGAGGUUUGGAAACCGAGCUGUUGGCAUUGGCGAGGCGCCUUAUCAGGACCCCAACAGCAAGGGACGUCGCGAAUCCUUGGGUCUCAAUCAAGUCACUAAUGAAUACGUUUGA